AUGAAAACAAAAUCAACGUAGGCCGAAGAUCUGUAAAUAAAUAAUUAAUUUUGUAUCAGAAUGUAUUAGACUUAUCCUUCUGUCGGCAGAGGCCUAUUUAUAUAGAUCUAUUCUAUUAAUCUACGCCUACAUACCAUACGUAAUUAAUUACAUUGUACAUUUCUUCUAAUGAGAUAUCUAACAAACAUCUGAAUAAUAUUCUGGCAUUAUACAAUGCAUGUGUUUAAAAGAGAAAAUAAAAAGGAAUAAACAGCCACAUUCAGAAUAAUAGGCAUUACAUCGGACAGAUGAAAAUGAGCAAUUCUCUGAACAUCAAGUACCAGCCUCUGUCACAGUCCAUACCUAGUGAUGAUGAGGAUGAGGGUUUUGAUGAUAACAUUCUCUAUGAUUCUCGGCUGGUUAAUGGACCAAAGAUGGAUCGGAGAAAUGUAUUUGAGUUAGAAAAGUUGGGUCAGCCUAGGGUCACCUCGCCUCCCAAUAUUCAGUUUAUGGGUAGAGGAAGGAGAACUGUGGUUCUUGUGGCUGUUCUUCUUGUCAUAUUGUUAGGAGUAGCAGCUGCCGUAGGUUUCCCUGUAAUAAACCACCUCUUUAACCAUGGGAUUGUGAUUGAAACAAUAGUGGGGCAGAACACAGCAGACUGGAUGAAAGAGUUUAAUAACACCUGGACAGAGUCAAGCAUCCGAAUGAUAGAUGUCAAUAAUGACAGAAUGGAUGACAUCGUCAUAGCUCUGACUAAGAAAGAUCUCAUGGAUUCUUUAGUUGAACAUGCCCAAGGCAUGGUGAAAUACUGCUCUUCUAUUGGUUCCAGUUACCCCUGCGGUGGUGUCUUACUGGCACUUCGUGGUGAUGAUGGCAGGGAAUUGUGGAAGGCUGCCACCAGAUCUGUUGCUGUGCACCAUGUCUGUGGUGGUGUAGAUGUCAAUGGUGACGGCAGGGGAGAUUGCAUUGUCACGGGUCGUCACUCUACGUGUCAGGCGGUUGACAUAGUUACAGGUAAAAUUUUGUGGGUUAUAGAUCCAGAGAGCAGAGAGUGGUCCAAUCACUUCAAUCCUCUGUGGACUGUUUAUCUGGGCCCAACAGUACAAGAUCUGGACCAGGAUGAUGUAAUGGACCUCAUUAUUUUGCACAGCCCAGACAAAGAAUCAUGGAGUCAUAUUCCAUCAUCUGGUAGGCUGAUUAUUUUAUCUGGCAAGACUGGCUUGCCAAUUGGGAAAAGUUAUUUUGAGUUGCCAACCAAAACAGAAUCCCAGAUGCCACCUGUGAUGUACACAACACCCACUCAAGCCAUCUAUAUUUUAUAUGGAUUAAACACAGAGUCUACUCAAGGAAAAGUGAUGGCCAUCUCCCUUCCUGAGCUGUAUUACAAUGUAACUGAGAAGAAGAUGACUGGUGUUGAUGUGACUGCCUACAAUUGGCCUUUAAGACAAACCCAAGUUGGAUCAGCUUAUGUGUUGCUUACAAUUUCAGGUGGUAUUUUAGCUCCCCCUGUACUAGCGGAUAUGAACAAUGAUGGGAGCCUGGACAUUCUGGUGACAAGUGUAGAUGGGAAUGUGACAUUGCUAGAUGGUCAGACACUAACACAAACUUGGACGCGGUUGUUUCCAGGCAUGGUGACUUACAGCUCCCCAACACCAGGAUACUAUGACUCAGACUCAACACUUGAUUUUAUUCUUCACCUGCAUCAAGGUGUGCCAGCCAAACACCGGUCAUCUCAGACUGUGAUUCUGAAUGGCAAGGAUGGCUCCACAAUGUGGUCCCAUCAAGGCCAUGGAACUUUCAACUCCAGUGAUCUCUCUCUAAAAACUCUUACUGGCACCAAGGAUGUCUUCUUGUUGAAGCUCAGCGGCAGAAACACAUCAACUGUACAGAUUGAUUUCCUAGACAAUCUAACAAGAACUUCAGCAGAAUCUGAAGACAGCAGUGAUUCUGGUACAACAGCUGAUAAGGAGUUUGAAUUCAAACAUAUGUGUGAUGAAAUCAGACAAAGGGUCAGCAGUCAGCAUGCCCUGUGUGAUGAUGAUCUUCAGCUUUUCACACAGGAACUUUUUCUCAUGGACAGUUUUGUUGCCAGCUACCCUCUAAAAAUACUGGAGCAUAGGGCACACAGGCAUCAUUAUCGACUUCGCCAUGAAGUGGGGACUAACCAUUGCCACGACCUGUCUCCCCGACAGAAGGACAAGAUAGACAUGUGUACAGUACUGGUCCCUACAAGUCACACAGGAGCUGUAGGCGACGUUGAUGGAGAUGGGUCCUUGGAUUACGUGGACAUCACACAAAUGCUGGGAUCCAACCACAGUGACACGUUUGUCAUCACUGGCCAGUUUUCCAACAUCAUCCUAUCCAAACACAGCAUUAAAACGGCCAUUGCCAGGGAGGACUUCACCUCUCUCAGCCUGACCAUGAACCUGGUUGAGCUGCAGUCCACCAGUGAUUCCAGGCAGCAUGUCAAGAACCUGGAGUUCUUACCUGCUUCCCUACAGGUGUGGACCCAGUACCUGGGUGUCAACAGAACUAGCGUGUAUAGCGCACCUCACAGGUAGGGUUAGCUCUAACACGGGAGGUAGGAAUAAGAAACGUUGUUGGACAUGGGAAUAUUUGUUAUUGUUACUUAAAGCUUUACUGUACUGUCUGGUCACCAAUAACAAAAUUUUUAUGUAAACUAACAUCUGUUUAGUUUACACGUUUUGGGUGGAUUCAUUAUAUCUUUUUUGUUCCAUUGAAAAAAAUCACUGAAUUACUAAAUUUUAAAAAUAUAACUCAAUAUCAAAACUCAAUACCCUGCCUUAAAAAUAUUACACCUAGUACUAUGUAAAAAGAAAUGUCUGUAUUUAAUUUUUAAUACAGUAUUAAUCUUUGAAUGUAUACUACAUAGCUUUCACUUAUGACAUUUUAAAAGUACAUUUUAUCCAAUUUUCACUAUUAUAAAAAAGGGACAUAAAUAUAUCAAAUUUUCACCAUUCCAAAAUUUACACAGAUAUAUUCAAUUUCCUCCAUUAAAAAACUACAUGAAUAUGUAUACAGUUUCUACCAUUAAACAACUACAUAAAUUUUCCAGUUUCCAACAUUAAAAAGCUACAGCGCUUAAUCUGCUUUCUAGCAUUAAAAAAUUACAUAAAAAUAACCACUUUUCACCAUAUAAAAAGUUGAUGCCUUGUAUUUUUUGUUGUUAUUGAUAAAACCUAUACCUCACCCAGCAUAAUUGAGUAAGGUAGACUGGUUAAAUGUAUAGGUUUAAACUUGAUGAACGUUUUUUAGAACAUGUAAAGAUUUGCAAACAUUUUAACUAAUUAAAACCAUAAGUGUUCUGCUCAAGAAUUAUCUCCCUAUUUGUUUCUAAAUGAGUAAAACCAUCACUUCUUAAUUGGUCAACAUUAGAACUAAUUUUUAAAAUGAUGCAUUUUUUAAAAAUUGUAUUUAUAUAAGUAGAUAACUUUUCUGUAGACAGCAUUGCAUGUUAAUAUGAUAGAUGUAGAAAAAAAUUCUACAUUUUUUUAAACUUGAUGUUAUGGAAAUACUGGUAUGCUUUAAUUUAUACAUGUAAGCUGUGUGGAUGAUGUUUGAUCUAGUGUAAAUAACAAUGAUAAAACGAAUCUGAAUAAGAUGUGAGAUUCUGAUGUUGAUGUUGUAACAAGUGAAGAAUCUUAAUCGUGGUGUUAGUCCGAGAAUCGUUAAUGUGGCCUUUUGUAAAAAUAAUGUCAGGUUUUAUGUAAAAAGUGAGGUCAAGUUUAUUUAUUUCCAGCUCUCUAGCUGAAAAAUGUGCAGCUCUGUUUUGAAAAAAUGCAGCUUUGGCGCAUGUACUGGCAAUGUUAUUUUCUGCUAGUUUGUUGUUCUAUAGAAAGCCUACUGUUGCAUUGACUGGUUGAUUAUUGCUGUGUACAAAGCUGUAACAUUACAUUGUAGAGAACGCUGUAUACUGUUUGCUGUGUAUACUAUGAUCAUUCUAGUCUAUAGUGAGUUGAAUUGUGUUGUUUCUGGGGUUUUUUUUUUUUUUUUUUUUUUUUAUAAAUUCUGAUAUUGCUGAUUUUUUUUCUUUAACUCCACUUUUUACUAAUAAACCACAAAAAUAUUGUUAAGAAAUUAUGGGCAAAUUAGUUUUGUAAAUAUUCAUUGAGAAGAAAUGGUUCAACCUCAUCAUAGAUUGAGAUUUUUUUUCCAGUUGAUUUUAGAUUUUAAAAUGUUUGCUUUAAAGUUGAAUCAUGGAGUUUUGAAAUUAAAAUGUUAACCGUUAUUUUAAACUGCUAACUCAGUGUAAAAAUCAGUGCAAAAAAUAUUUUGACUAGUCAUAUGAUAUUAACCUUCAGGGAAGAAAUAAAAAUGAUUGUCAUGACUGAACAUAGAAAACAGUGGCAAGGGCUGCAGGGCUAGCAUAGAUAAAAAAAAAAAGAGAGCCACACA